GUUGGAAACUUCCUCAUGGCCACCCUCUUCUUGAGAAAAAAUUCUCCUACUUUCUCUCUCUCUGGUGGAUUUCAUAUUCCCGCAGAUUAAACCAAACGUCAAAUAUAGCCUUACCAAACUUUCUUCCCUAUUCUUCCUACUAGCCAAAACAAAAAAAUGUCAGCCAGUGCCAACUUUUUCCGGCCUUGUCUAAUUUUAUUUCUCUGUUUUUUCAUAUUCUUGAUUUCUCCUACUCAUCAACAAGAUGAACUACAACUCCUUAUGCAAUUCAAAUCCACUCUUAAAACAACACAAAGUUCACAUCUUUUUGACACGUGGACACCUCAGAAUAACAUUUGCAACUUCACUGGAAUUUUCUGUGAUUCCACCAGCAAAUUGGUUAAAGAAAUCAAUCUUUCUGACCAGAACCUAUCUGGGGUUGUCUCUUUUGAUUCAUUAUGUUCUCUGCAAUCACUAGAAAAGAUUUCUCUUGGUUCUAAUUUCUUGUAUGGUACAGUCAGUGAUCACUUGAAAAACUGUACAAAGUUGCAGUAUUUGGAUUUGGGUAACAAUUCUUUUUCAGGAGAAGUUCCAAAUUUGUCAUCUUUAAGCCAAUUGGAGUUCUUGAAUCUCAAUAGAAGUGGAUUCUCUAGUUCAUUUCCUUGGAGUUCACUUGGAAAUCUUACUAGUCUAACUUUCUUGAGUUUGGGUGACAAUUUAUUUGAUAAAAGUCCAUUCCCUCUUGAAAUUUUGAAUCUUGAUAAAUUAUAUUGGCUGUACCUUACCAAUAGUAGUAUUGAAGGCCAAAUUCCACAAGGUAUUGGAAAUCUCACUCUGCUUGAAAAUCUUGAGCUUUCAUAUAAUGACUUGUCAGGCAAUAUCCCAGAUGGAAUAACCAAACUUACUAAGCUUCAACAGCUUGAGCUCUAUUCUAAUGGACUUACAGGAAAGUUCCCUGUGGGAUUUGGGAAUCUCAGUAGCCUUGCCAAUUUUGAUGCUUCAGGUAACAAUCUUGAAGGUGAUCUUUCAGAGCUCAAGUCAUUGUCUCUUCUUGAAUCCUUGCAGCUGUUUGAAAACCAUUUUUCUGGUGAGAUUCCUGUUGAAUUUGGAGAUUUCAAGUUUCUUACAGAACUGUCACUGUAUAGAAACAUGUUUUCUGGUUCUCUUCCCCAAAAUAUAGGAUCAUGGGCAGAAUUUCUGUACAUUGAUGUUUCUGAGAAUAUGUUCACUGGUCCAAUACCACCUGAUAUGUGCAAGAAAGGGAGUAUGACUGAUCUUUUGCUGCUACAGAACAAAUUCACUGGUGGGAUACCUUCGAACUAUGCUAACUGUUUGUCGUUGAAGCGUUUACGGGUUAGCAACAAUUCACUUUCAGGAGUAGUCCCUAGUGGAAUUUGGAGUUUGCCAGAUUUGGGCAUCAUUGAUCUCACAUUGAAUCUAUUUGAAGGCCCAGUGACAUCGAAUAUUGGUGAAGCAAAGUCUUUAGCACAGUUGUUCCUAGCCUACAACCGGUUCAAUGGUCAAUUACCACAGACAAUAUCAGAAGUUUCUUCAUUAGUAGCCAUUAAUCUGAGCGCGAAUCAGUUCUCUGGUGAUAUUCCAGCAGAAAUAGGUGAACUUAAGAAGCUUAAUACUCUUCAUUUAGAGUAUAAUUUGUUUACUGGAAGUCUUCCACCGUCCAUCGGAUCAUGUGUUUCUCUCAAUGAAAUUAAUCUUGCUGGCAAUUCACUUUCUGGGGCAAUUCCCAAAAGUCUUGGCUCUUUGCCUAGCUUGAACUCUCUCAAUCUAUCUGAUAACAGGCUCUCGGGUCAAAUUCCAGUGACCCUUUCGGCAUUAAGAUUAAGCCUUCUUGAUUUAUCUAACAAUAGAUUGAGUGGUAGAAUACCGGAUUCUUUAUCAAUAAAAGCAUUUAGUAAUAGCUUUUUGGGAAAUCUAGAUCUUUGUAGUGAGAAUUUUGGUAGUCUCAUGCCAUGUUCAUCAGAUUCUCACACAUCUAGAGACCACAGGACAGUCAUGUUGUGCUUGAUAGCUGGGGUGGUUGCUCUUGUUCUGUCACUUACAUGUUUCGUGUAUGUGAAGUUUAAGCACAAUAAUCAGGAUAUUCCCAUAAAGCGACUUGAUUCUUGGGAUAUCAAACAGUUUCAUGUAUUGAGCUUUAGUGAAGAUCAAAUCUUGAAGGCAUUGAAUCAAGAAAAUUUGAUUGGUAGAGGUGGUUCAGGGAAUGUGUACAGAUUAGUAUUGAAUUGUGGAAAACAGUUGGCUGUGAAACACAUUGUGAAAUCCGAUUCUAGUGACCAGAAAAGUUACAGGAGCAGCUCAGCCAUACUGGUGAAGGAGAAUGGCAGAUCGAAGGAGUAUGAUGCUGAGGUGGCCACGUUAAGUUCCAUUAGGCAUGUCAAUGUUGUCAAAUUAUACUGUAGCAUCACAAGUGAGGACUCAAAUAUGCUAGUUUAUGAAUAUUUGCCUAAUGGAAGCUUGUGGGACCGAUUGCACAUGUCUCAGAAAGUCAAGAUGGAUUGGUUGGUGAGAUAUGACAUUGCAUUAGGUGCUGCUCAGGGUCUUGAGUAUCUGCAUCAUGGAUAUGACAAACCCGUGAUGCACCGGGAUGUCAAGUCUAGCAACAUCUUGUUGGAUGAACAGAUGAAGCCCAAAAUUGCUGAUUUUGGACUAGCCAAAGUUUUGCAUGUCAAUGGUACUAAGGACUCUUCUCAGGUUGUAGCUGGGACGCAUGGCUACAUUGCUCCUGAGUACGCUUACACAACCAAGGUGACAGAGAAGAGUGAUGUCUAUAGCUUCGGGGUGGUGCUAAUGGAAUUGGUGACUGGAAAGAAGCCAGUAGAUGCAGAGUACGGGGAGAACGGUGACAUAGUCCAGUGGGUUUGUAGCAAGAUAAGAAACAAAACUAGAAUGAUCAAUUUGGUGGAUUCAGGCAUUUUCGAAGGGUUCAAAGAAGAUGCUGUUGAGGUUCUUAGAAUUGCAGUUCAUUGCACAUCAAGGACGCCAGCAUUAAGACCUUCCAUGAGGAUGGUAGUUCAUAUGCUAGAAGAGGCCGAGCCAUGUAAGCUGACAAAUGUAGUUGUGAAUUCACCGAAUGAGGAUGGCAGGAACAAGGAUGUGCUAACUAACGGCAAGUCAUGAUGUUGAACUAUCUUGUUGAGAGCAGAGGAAUUUUGCAGAAUAUUGAACUUUGUUGUAAGCUCAGAAAGAAUGCUUGGUGUACAUAUGACACUUUUGAAGAAAGUAUAUUUCACAGUUACAUUAAUAAA